AUCGCCUGAACACACACUCACAUUCCCUUUGUGUGUGAGCCUACGUAGUCACGAUAAAGAGCUGUCCUGGGUGCUGUUGGGUGAAGUUCGAGGCAGCUCGGAUGUUGUGUGUGGAUGAGUUAAAGGUCUGUGGGCUCAGUUGCACGCAGUUGCCGAGGCUCGUAGCUGUCAUCGAAAAUGUCGGACAUUAAGAGCAUGGAGCAUCCCACUCUCAAGGUGCCAUACGAACUUCUGAACAAAAAAUUCCGCUCAACCCAAAAAGUCCUGGACAGGGAGGUGUCCCACGUCCAGGCGACAGCCUCAGAGCUGGAGAAGAGUCUGACAACUGACUCUGGGACACCCGUUCAAAGUGGUGAGAUCACUCGUCUCCUCGGGGGUGUCGUGGCUAAGCUCCAAGUCCUCAAACGAAAGGCAGAGGAGUCCAUUUCCGAGGAGCAUCAGGCUGGGAUGGUCUGCAAGAGACGUCUCGAUCACCUGAAGGAGCACGCCAACACGACCCCCAGUGUCGUCAAUCAGUGGAGAAGACAGAGGCUGGACAGAAUGCUUGUGGAGUACUUCUUGAGAAAGGGCUACUACAAGACUGCUCAAAAACUCGCUGACACCACUGAGCUCAGGGAUCUCACGAAUAUUGAUGUCUUCAUGGUGUCCAGGGAAGUGGAGAUAUCACUCGCCAAUCACGAGACCACGAGGUGUCUUGGAUGGUGCCAUGAUAACAGGUCCAAGCUUAGGAAGCUGGGCAGCACCAUGGAGUUUAAUCUUCGUGUCCAGGAGUUCAUCGAGCUCGUGAGGGCUGAUCGCAGGCUUGACGCUGUCAAACAUGCCCGCAAAUAUUUCGCUAAUUACGAUGAUUACCAGCUGCAGGAGAUACAGAGCUGCAUGGGGCAGUUGGCAUUUCCUGCUAAUCCUUACUUUAGUCCUUACAAGGAUCUGCUGGAUGAGAAAAGGUGGGACAGGCUUAUCGAGCAGUUUCGCCAUGAGAACUAUAGGCUGUUUCAAUUAGCCAGCCAGAGUGUCUUCACUGUUGCACUCCAGGCAGGUCUGUCUGCCCUCAAAACACUCCAGUGCUACAGUGGACACAAAGAGGGAAAAAAUGCCAGCUGUCCAGUUUGUCACGAGGCUUUGAACGAACUCGCGGCCCCUCUGCCCUUCGCCCAUUGCUCACAGUCUAGACUCGUUUGUAGUAUCAGUGGGGAGCCCUUGAAUGAGUACAAUCAUCCCAUGAUGAUGCCCAAUGGAUAUGUUUAUGGUGAAAAGGCACUUCAGAAAAUGGCCAAGGACAACAACGGUGCUGUAGUGUGCCCAAAAACCAAAGAAGUAUUUCCAUUCAAGAAAAUCGAAAAGGUCUACGUUAUGUAAUGUAAAAAUUCAACAAUUUUCUAUCCAACUCUCAGCGCUAUCAUCCGCUUACUCUGAUUAGGUUUUUAUUAGACUGUAAAACAUAAUCAGACGCUUUCGUGUAAUCAAUGUUAAGGAUAAUUAAGUGUGUAAGAAAAGCUAAAUACAUUAUAUAUUUUCUAAAAA